AUGUGGUUUAUAGAGUGCGAAGGUGAAGUUCUGGGUGGCAAGCGUCUCUGGCUUAGGCCAAACCAAAGAUUCGCUAUCGGACGAACGCCCUCUCAGGAUGUUAAUUUGUCGCUUCCAUCGCAAAAGUCCAUCUCACGAAUACACCUCCUGAUUGAAGUUGGGGACGUAAAAGAAGGUGACGGGCUUAAGCUAAACGUUCGCCCAAGCCUGAAGGUUCAGGAUCACAAAACAAAGCACGGGACAAGGAUUGAUGGACAAGAAAUUCGUGAUCAAAUGGUCACCCUUGACGAAGAAUCAUAUUCUAUCCACCUUGGAAAAUAUGAACCAACCUUCAGACUAUAUUGGGACCCAAUUGUCUUCUCGGUGUCGCUCUCCUCAAAGGAUAGAAAGGACAAAAGGAGUAUGAUUCCAUACCAGAAUAAAGUUGAGGCUCUUGGUAUCAAGACCUUAGCUACCUUCGUUCCUUCUACUACGCACGUUGUUGCAUCAAAGCGCAAUACGGCCAUAGGCCUGCAGGCACUUAUCAAUGGCAAAUUUAUAGUGACAAGCUCCUAUCUCGACGCAGUUGCUCAGGCCGCUAGUGUGCCCCCGGACGGGAGACAGUCAGCCCUGGAACAGGAUUUUGACGGAAACUGGCCUAACCCAGAAGAGUUCUUGCCGCCGAGCAAUAAUGAACCUGGAAACCGAUCUUCAAGUCUCUAUAGGCCAGAUAAAGCUAGGAGAAACAUUUUUGAAGGCUAUACCUUUAUUUUUUGCGACAACCUCCAGUAUAACAACUUUUUAGGGCCAGUUACCGAUGCGCAUGGAAAACUGGAAAGAUAUGACGUGCGGCUAGGAGAGACUACGCCAGAAAAGUUGGCUGAAUUCGUUAGGAAGCGAAGUCAUGGGACAAAUACUGCAGUUGUGAGAUUUAUUGCAAAGAAAAACCCUGAGUGGGAGAACGAUCUCUCAACCAGAGUACAAGAGAUAUUGGGAUACCGGAUGGUCGAGCAAAACGAGUUCCUUGAUAUUAUCCUUACAGGUGACACGAGUCGCCUCAGGAAGCCGUUGGACGAAGAUUUUUCACCCACAACUCGGCAAGUAGCCCCAGAACCCCCUCGGACAUCAAAAAAUGUAUACAAUGGGUCACUAGUACAGAUUGAGAAGACAAUUAUUGAAGAGACAUCUGUACUACCUUCUUCUAGCGAGGCUUCUGGGGCAUGCCGUCCCGCUUUACGUGGUCGCGGACGAACAAGGACCCGGGCCAUACCCAAGCUGAUAGACCCAUUUUCCAUGGAUCACUUGGAUCCUCCUCCAACACCAGCUCAAUUGGCUUCAACCCAAUUUACGUCAGGACAGAGUCUUAGCACACCUGCCCCUCGCGGCGCUGAAGCCUCAGCACAGUCGGGGUCCUCAUUUUCAAAGCCUAGUGCUAGUUCUAACAAUACCCCAAUGGGAAUCGAUGAGCCUCGUCAUGAUACACGCCCCCCAGCUCCGCUGGACCCGGGAUCCCGAAAGAGGUCUGUUGAGCUUGAAGAUGAGCAGGGACAGCUCUUGGAUGUUAUGGACCUUCUCCCUGGGGCGCAGGCGGUAAAGCGUCGGAAAUUGAUUGAGGAAGAGGAGCGUGCUCUUUGGGGAGAACCGCUUGAAGCACCCCCCCCGCUGCCACUUCCAAAGCCUGAACCAGCCGACAAGAUGCCCGACAAGACAGCACCCCUAAAAGGCAAAGGGAAAAGGGUACAGAGGGAUGAAGACCCUUUCGUUAUUAGAGCUCGAGAGAUCAAAGAAAAGCAAGAGGAGGCGGUUAGGGUGGCGAAAGAGGAGGAGCUAAUGGCGAUGGAAGGGCUGGACGUCGAUCAGUUAAAGAAUUUAGCUAUCGUUGAGGUAAUGGAAGUCAAACCAAGGACUGACAAGCCUUCGAGAGCUGGAUAUGGAGAUCAAGGGGCUAGGUGGGAAGCCAUGUGGAAUGGACGCAAGAAUUUUAAGAAAUUCGUGAGAUCUGGGCGGGGCGGGGGUAUGAGGGCUAUGCGGGGCAAUGUCAUGGUCAAUCUUGUUGAGCAUAGGGGAAGGGAUUACGGGAUCGGAUACUGGUUGGACAACGAGGAAGAGACGCCCCCAACAAAAAAGAGCCAGAAAGUACCAGCACAGCAACUACAACAAGUUGUCGAUCUCCAAGAGGAUAGCAAUGAUUGCAUGCAUGCUCUUCGCCCUGGUGACCGUUUAGAAGCUCAAGUUCAGGGCUCGGUACAGACCCACCCUUUGGCGGCGCGAACGAGGGGCCCAGCUGUCACAAGCCAAGGAACAAAAAGAGGGGCGAUUGCACAAGGGUCGAGGGCUGGAGCCGGAAAAAAACAGAAGACCUUAGUUCUGAGGGAUGGGAGUGGGAGUGAUGAUGAUAGUGAUGAUGAGCUAAGGUUUAAAUUCAAGAAACGGUAA